CGAAAACAAGAAAGUAUCAUUCAUUAUAUAAUAAAUACGUAAACAGCUUAACCGGGAAAAGGUACUGAAUUAUAGUAUUGAAUGAACCCCAACCAAACAACAUUAAAUUUUGAAGCCAAUAAUUAAAUACAACAACCAAAUACAUUUAAUAAAGAAAUUUCAUAGACGUUAAAACAAGUAAAGAAAUAGAGACCCUACCAAUCCUCUCUGUCCUUCUCCCCUUCAAACCCUUAAAAUCUUCCCUCCCUCACUCCAUUAACUCUCUCAGUUUCUUAUUUUUGAAUCCAAUCCCCAAAACAUAUAAACAAAACUAAAAGAAGAAAACCAAAUUUAGUUUCUUGUCUUAGUUUUCUCAGAGAAAACAAAAACAAAAAUAUGAAACUCCCAUUUCUAAACAAGAACCACUCAACAUCUUCAUAUUCUUCAAAUUCAUCAUCCUCUUCAUGGCCAUGGCCUUCUUGUAACCAAAACCCUAAAACCUUAUCUUUCAGAGCCACCAUCACUUUCACCAACCCUAUCCACGACCAAGACGACGAUGAGCUCGACCUGCUCGACCCACCGGAGAUUACAGAUUCCGUAGAGAAUGUGAUAAAAGGGCUAAGAUCAUCAGAGAGACUCAUCUUCGAAAGCAAAGGAGAAACCAACUCUAUACUUGAAGAAGCUACGAGCAAGCGAGAAGAAGAGGACGAAGAAGAAGGCUUCAUGCUCUUCUCCUUGGAAUCAGACGACCCUUACUCUGAUUUCAAGAGAUCCAUGGAGGAGAUGGUUGAGGCACACGCGCUUCACCACGACUGGAAAAGCCUCGAGAAGCUUCUCCUUCAGUUCUUGAAAGUCAACGCCAAGACCAGCCAUCGAUAUAUCUUCGCGGCCUUCGUCGAUCUCCUCAUGAACUUAGCACUAGACACGAAAAAAGCCAUCAUCAAUAACGACAUUUCCAAAGAUGACGGCGUCUCGGCCUCACGCGCCGCCGCUGCUGGAGAAGCAAGCACUUCUUGUUGUAAUAGUAUGACUCUUGGCGAAUCUCCAUCGUCUCCCUUGUCGUUUUACACGUCGUGUUCUUCAUCUUCUUCCUCCGAUGAGACUUCCUCGAUGUCCGUACGUUUCUUGCCGCUGUCUUCUUUGUUAGAGAUGGAUGAGAAGACUAAAGAGAUUUUAGUUUAGAACGGUUUUGCAUUUUUUCUUAAUUAAUUUGUUUUUUUUAGCUUAAUUAAAAUUUGUGCAGAAUUGUAACAUUGGCUACCCCGACUACACAUAUGGAGAUGAUGAAUCGUAUGAAUAUUAUAUUGGUCUGUAUUGUGCUCACUUUUUAUAUUUUUCAUUAGUGUGGAAUUUUUCGUUUUAAGUAGGAUGAUAAUAGUUGAAUCACACUUAAUUUUUUUGUUUCUUUCGUAAAAACAAGUUUUAGGCCAUUGGAUCGGUUAAUUAAUCUCAGUUUUUGACACAAC